CUCUGGCGAAUGGCUCGACUGUAGCGCGCGCCGCGGGCCCAGCUGCGACCCCGGCCCCGCCCCCGGGACCCCGGCCAUGGACGACCUGUUCCCCCUCAUCUUCCCCUCAGAGCCAGCCCAGGCCUCCGGCCCCUAUGUGGAGAUCAUCGAGCAGCCCAAGCAGCGGGGUAUGCGCUUCCGCUACAAGUGCGAGGGUCGCUCAGCGGGCAGCAUCCCGGGCGAGAGGAGCACAGACACCACCAAGACCCACCCUACCAUCAAGAUCAAUGGCUACACAGGACCAGGGACAGUUCGCAUCUCCCUUGUCACUAAGGACCCUCCUCACCGGCCUCAUCCCCAUGAGCUUGUGGGAAAGGACUGCCGGGAUGGCUUCUAUGAGGCUGAGCUCUGCCCGGACCGCUGCAUCCACAGCUUCCAGAAUCUGGGGAUCCAGUGUGUGAAGAAGCGGGACCUGGAGCAAGCCAUCAGUCAGCGCAUCCAGACCAACAACAACCCCUUCCAAGUUCCCAUAGAGGAGCAGCGUGGGGACUAUGACCUGAAUGCUGUACGGCUCUGCUUCCAGGUGACAGUGCGGGACCCAUCGGGCAGGCCCCUCCGCCUGCCACCUGUCCUCUCUCAUCCAAUCUUUGAUAACCGUGCCCCCAACACUGCUGAGCUCAAGAUUUGCCGAGUGAACCGAAACUCUGGGAGCUGCCUCGGUGGGGAUGAGAUCUUCCUGCUGUGUGACAAGGUGCAGAAAGAGGACAUUGAGGUGUACUUCACGGGACCAGGCUGGGAGGCCCGAGGCUCCUUUUCACAAGCUGAUGUGCACCGACAAGUGGCCAUUGUGUUCCGGACCCCUCCCUACGCGGACCCCAGCCUGCAGGCUCCCGUGCGUGUCUCCAUGCAGCUGCGGCGGCCUUCCGAUCGGGAGCUCAGCGAGCCCAUGGAAUUCCAGUACCUGCCGGACACCGAUGAUCGUCACCGGAUUGAGGAGAAACGCAAAAGGACAUAUGAGACCUUCAAGAGCAUCAUGAAGAAGAGUCCUUUCAAUGGACCCACUGACCCCCGGCCUCCAUCCCGGCGCAUUGCUGUGCCUUCCCGCAGUUCAACUUCUGUCCCCAAGCCAGCUCCCCAGCCCUACCCCUUUACGCCAUCUCUCAGCACCAUCAACUUUGAUGAGUAUUCGCCCAUGGUAUAUUCUUCUGGGCAGAUCCCAAGUCAGCCUUCGGGCUUGGCACCAGCCCCAGUCCUGGCCCAAACCCCAGCCCCUGGCCCAGUCCUGGCCCAGGUCCCGACCCCGGCCCCUGUCCUAGCUUCAGGCCCUCCUCAGGCUGUGGCUCCACCUGCCACCAAGAACCCCCAGGCUGGGGAAGGAACACUGUCAGAGGCCCUGCUGCAGCUGCAGUUUGAUGCUGAUGAAGACCUGGGAGCCCUGCUGGGCAAUAGCACAGACCCAACCGUGUUCACGGACCUGGCAUCUGUCGACAACUCUGAGUUUCAGCAGCUGCUAAACCAGGGUGUAUCUAUGGCCCCCCACACAGCUGAGCCCAUGCUGAUGGAGUACCCUGAGGCCAUAACUCGCCUGGUGACAGGGUCCCAGAGGCCCCCUGACCCAGCUCCUGCCCCCCUUGGGGCCUCAGGGCUCCCCAACGGCCUCCUCUCAGGGGAUGAAGACUUCUCCUCCAUCGCAGACAUGGACUUCUCAGCCCUUCUGAGUCAGAUCAGCUCCUAAAGGGGUGAUGCCUGCUCUGCCCAGGUACUGGGUUGCAGGGGAUUGAAGCCCUCCCAAAGCACUUAUGGAUUCUGGGGGCUUGUUCUCCAACUGCCCCCAACUUUGGGUAAUGUCUUCUGGGGGGUGGGAGCGCAUUUUAUUCUUUUAUCAGCAGUAUCUAUAUCUCUCUCUCUCUGGAGGUGCUUAAGCAGAAGCAUUAACUUCUCUGGAAAGGGGGGACUGGGAGAACUCAAACUCUUUCUUCCUCUAUCCUGAUGGUUAGCUCCCUUCCCUCUAUAAGGAACUCUGGAGCACCCAUCCCCAUCCUCCAGCUUCUAGUACUCUCCUAGAGAGAGGGGCGGGCUGGAGCUAUGGCCUUUGAGGCCGCAAAGCCAUAUUAUCAAGUGUCUUCCUCACAUCAUGGGUUCAUUUACACCUUGAUCCAGAAUAAUGCCCCUAUUACCAACCCCUUCUCCAUGGCGCUGGCAUUGUCCUUGUGCUUAACACCAGCAUUUGAGAGACUGGCCUUCCUGCCCUGCAGAGGUCUCUGCCAGCUCUUUCCUUGCUCAACUGUGGCUGAAAGGAACUGGUGGGACAGUACUGGCCCUCUCCUGGAUCCAGAGAGGGUUUGUUCUGAGGCUUCCCUGUUUCCUGCUCCCUCUUUUCUCAAGUGCCUUAAUAGUAGGGUGAGCACCAGGCAGACAACAAAAAGGAAAGAAAAAAUAGGGUGAGUUGUUUGGAGAGUAGGAGGAGGGCAGGUUGGCAGCUCUCCAGUCAAGAGGCACAGUUUUAACUGAAGAAUCAAAGCAAUUGGACUCUUGCUCUUUCUACUCUGAACUAAUAAAUUUGUUGCCAAGCUG